GUGGGUGCCCCUGCCCUGAGGAUGCCCAUCAGCCCCUCGCUCCUCGACAGCCCUAUCAACCUGUGUCGGGUUUCAGUGAGGAGCACGUCUGGUCUUGGGCACAUCCGGGCAUUUGGCACCGCCACCUGCCCUGCCGGGUUCCCUUCUCUGUGGUCCCCUCCCGGCUUUCUGUUCCUGCACAGCUCAUAGUCUGGGGUAAAACCUGCAUCACCUUCCAGUUUCUUCUCUGGCAUGUCUCCUUGUCUCCUCAGGUCUGACCCAGCGCAGCAAGCAGGCCCAGAAGGGGGAGCGCCGGGUGGGGGUCCCCCCGGCCCUCCACCCAACAUGAGUAGUAACCGCCGGCUGCAGCAGACGCAGGCCCAGGUGGAGGAGGUGGUAGGCGUCAUAUGUGUGAAUGUGGACAAAGUGCUGGAGCGAGACCGGAGAGUGUCAGAGCUGGAUGACCGGGCAGAUGCUCUCCAGGCUGGUGCCUCACAGUUUGAAAGCAGUGCUGGAAAGCUCAAGAGGAAGUACUUCUGGAAGAACAUGAAGAUGAUGAUUAUAUUGGGAGUCAUUUGUGCUGUUGUGGUGGUGGCUAUUGCACGAGCUACUGCGUGCGAGUGGGAGGAUUGAAAUGUCCAAAUCCCCAGCUAAGGAAGACUUCUCAUUUGAUGAGAGAAUGGCGACUUUGGUGUAACUGGCCCUCUUGUUCUCUCCUUUUCUUUUUCCUUCUGUUUUCUGUCUGCAGUCUACUUCUGUACUUGAAUGUGGGUCCCACAGUCUGCAGCCUACCUACCCUGGUCACCCUGUCUCUCCACUGCACAAGGUCCCUCCCUCUACCUGGCUUUUACAUUUAUUAAUUCUUUUUAUUGGCUUUGUUUGUCUUCUGUAUGAGGUUCUGAUGCAUUUCUUUUAGACCCCUUGAAUAGCUGCUGCAGCACCAGGGAAGGCAGUUCUAUUUGGGGAGGAAGGAAAGGGAAUACUUCUCCCUCCAGCUUCUGUUGCAAUGUGAUGAACAUCUGGAGUGAAGCAGCCCCGUGGAAUUGAGCUGUUGUUGAUGGAUGGACAGAAGUACAACUUUCAUCUCUCGAACUCUCCUGGACAAGGCUUUGGCAUCUCUUUCUUCUUGUUCCUCUGGUGGCUGAGGCCUCAAGAUGACUGUCUCUUCCACUUUUUCUCUAGGGUGUUGUAUGUUGCUUUUCUCUUCUCCUCCUUCACCCUGUUCUGUUUCUUUCUGCAUGGUGGAAAAAUACACACAGCCCCAGAUCUCUAUAAACACAACUGUAACCUUGCUUUCUGGCAUGUAGAGGAACUAGCUCAUGUACUCUGAACUCUGCUAACAAACGUUCCCACCACCUUACUGUGUUUGCCACCUUUAUUGUCUCUGCGUAGAUAUGAAUGGGAAUAGAAGGGUGACUUUAUGCUUUGCCCUUGAGUGGAAAGGCUUCUGACGGUACUCACUUUUGAAAUCCUUUAUGUAAAAAGAAUGAGGUUUGGGGCAUCUGGAAGUUGGGCACAGCCUUUUAGUAGUACAGUUCCAGUCAUGCUGGGAGCAUGCAUCAGGUGGACAGGUCAAAGGGUAAGUGGGAAUAAGGAGGUGGACUUGUAGAGUGGAAGCUUUACACUGAAUACAACAGCGAUUGUAAAGGGGAGGGAGCCUUGAAGAAGCAGCAGCCUUCAUGAGCCAGUAGGAAUUGAAUGUUUAAUAUGCCACUGCUGCUAUGGCUAAAUUUUAAAUUACUGUCCUGUCAGCUGUAUGCUGGCAGAGGCGUGUUCCUUUCUGUUGAAAGGAAGAUACAAGGACACAGUCCUUUUCUAGCAGAAAGCCAUUUAGCGGUAUAUCCUGGCAUCUUCAGUCCUUUGAGAAUAUUCUGAGAUCUUCUCAGGCAACUUCCUCCUUCAGCUCUAUAAGUCCAUGUUAGUAAUGUUAGCACAUGUACUGAAUCAUUCUGCUAGUGUCCCUGCUCUGGAAAUUCAUAGCUCCCUUUUGUGGAGUUUGGGAUAUGCUUUUACAAGAAACUACCUGGGGGAAGGACUGUUCUGACGAGACUUUUUCACUAAGUUUAUCUCCCUGGAGCUCCCCAUCCUUCCCUUUUAAGGAAGAGAAGAGAUGAAAGAGCUGGAGUGAAGUGGCCUUUGAGCCAUUUCCCCACCCCCUGUUGAGCUGAGCUGUGGUGAUGGAUGGACAGAAGUACAGGUAUCUCAAACUCUUCUGCACAAGUCUUUGUAACCUCAUUCCUCUUGGUCCUCUGGUGGUUGAGGACUUGAGGCUGUCUCUUCUAUUUCUUUCUCUGAUAUAUUAUAUGUUGCCUAAGGCACUGAAAACCUCUUCCAUAACCCUGACAUGAGCUGAAGCCUGCAACCAAAUGGAUUCAGAUGCAGCAGCUUUCCUCUAGUACAGAAGGAAGGCCAGGGAGUAAGGGUCAGAGACCAACUAGAGAAAAAGCAGCACGCAGAGCAGCCUGGAUAUUUAGAUACCAGUGGAAUACUAAUGCUGGGAUCUGUAGCAUCCCCUGUAGCUGUUGCCCAAAAAAAAACUCCCUGAGGAUGAAUGUGCUACACAGCCUGGCUCCCUAUGUGACCCAAGAGCCUUGCCAAUAACCACCUGGGAUUCCUCAGCUAUGCCACUGAUCUAAUGUUACAGUUGAUUGAAUGAAUAUCAGCACACACAAAUAGUCACGGGGUGUCCAGUAACUGUACUUAGCUUCUAUUUCUAUCCUCCCAUGGCAUGUACCUUUCCACCAGGAUUCAGCUCCACUGAGCCAUGCUUGAAAGAUUGUUUCAAGAGCCUCAGGUAGAUGAGUCUGCAUGUAGCAGUUCAUCUUAAGGGCACUGAGAUGAGCCAAGUGGCCCGAGGAGCUCAGACCAGGAUCAUCCAAGAUGGAAGGCAGGUCAUUAGAAUGAGUAGGAGUUUUGAAGUGAUGGGAGCCCAAGAAGGGUGGCUGUGCCUUAAAGAAAUGAUC